CUCCACACUCCCAUGUAUUUCUUCCUGGCCAACCUCUCGCUGCUGGAUACUGCCUAUAUCUCCACCACGGUGCCCCAGAUUCUAGUACAUCUGCUGGCACCAGUGUGGGUCAUGCCCCGUCAUGCUUGUCUCACCCAGAUAUUCUUUCUCCACUUCCUGGCUCCCUGGGAGUGCUGCCUGCGCACAGCCACGGCCUAUGACCACUACGCAGCCAUCUGCCAGCCACUGCGCUACCUAGUCCUCAUGGGCCAAAGGACCCGGACAGGACUGGCUUCAAUCUCCUGCCUGCUUGCUUUGACCAGUGCCCUCACCCACACCAUCCUUGCGGCUCUCCUCAAGUUCUGUGGACCCCGCCUUAUCACCCACUUCUCUUGUGACCUCCCUCCACUGCUCAAACUCUCUUGCUCCACCACGUGGGCCAAUGAACUUGCCCUGCUCUUCUUCAGUUUUCUGGUGGCUCUGGCACCCUGUGCCCUGGUUGUGAGCUCCUAUAUACAUGUUGUUGCUGCGGUUUUCAGGAUUCACUCUGCCGAGGGCCGAAGAAAAGCCUUUUCUACCCGUGGUGCUCACAUCACCAUGGUCUGUAUUUUCUACAUCACUUCAGUCCUCCACUGCAUCCUUCCCAGCUCUGCACACUCUGGCUUGAGAGACCGGGUUCUUUCUGUGCUGUAUGUGGGCCUCGCUCCCAUGCUCAACCCCAUCGUCUAUGGCACAUGCAAAACAAGGCCACACUCUUCCACAGUGUGGCUGGCACAUACCUGAUGCUUUGGGACUUAAUCCAACUACAUAGGAGUCUGAAAUUUAGUGUAGAUGGUCCAUCUGGUGAAUCUUAUUUUGUGUGCCAGGUUUUCCUCCAUUCUAGCAAAGAUCAAAUAUCUCUGUUGCAUGUUUUUAUUCUAAAACAUUGUUUUUUGUAUUGAUAGAAAUAAAACAUUCUCACUGAAUAAGUUGUGCAGUUACAGAAGUUCAUAAAAUGACAAAAAAAAUACCCUUCACAAUCUCACCACCUACAGAGAACCACUGUGAACAUUUUCAUGGUUUCCUUCAGGUGUAUUUUUGAACUGCAAAUGUAUGUGCAUGUGUAUAUAAAGCAGGGAAACAAAACUGGAAUCACUGUGUAUUUACAGUUCUGGACGCUUAGAGAUUUUUUAUUUUUUUCAACUACAAUAUAUACUUAUUAUAAAAUCAUUUAGGUAGACAUUUCUCCA